GAAGAGAGAGAGAGAGAGAGAGAGAGAGAGAGAGAGCGCUCUAAAAUGAACUAUUCUUUGAGCUUCCCAACUCCCACAGUAUUCCCUGUCUGCUUCUCUUCAAAUUGCAGACAGCCUUCUCUCUCCAUCAUAUGCCAAUCCAAGGACAAGAAGAAGCACAAGAAGGUACAAUGUAGCAUUUGCGAGAAGCAGAUUAACUCCUCAAACCUCCAUAAAUCUGGUUUAGCAAUCCAAAUUGGAGCUCUUUUGGCUACUAUCGAUCAGCCGGCAUUUGCAGUAACUGGAGUCAAUAAUGAGGAAGAUCUUAUAUGGGUACUGUUACAAAUAGGAAUAAUUGCAUUUGGUUACUUCCUUAUCGUGCCGCCAAUCAUCAUGAAUUGGCUUCGGCUCAGAUGGUACAAGCGGAACCUCUUAGAGAUGUAUUUGCAGUUCUUGUCAGUCUUCUUGUUCUUUCCAGGUGUGCUGCUUUGGGCACCAUUUAUCAACUUCAGGCGACUUCCACAAGAUCCAUCCAUGAAGUAUCCUUGGUCUACCCCUCAAGACACUUCAUUUAAUGAUCCAAAAUCAAUGUGAGGAAAAAGUUCUACUCAACCUGAGAAGCAUUCAUUAUAUAAGGACAUGUACAGAAGCUCCUGAAAUUUUCCGUAAGGGUGAUACAAGUCUUUUUUGCAUCUCGUAUGCAUAAUUGAUCUGUUAAUGAACACCAAAUAUUUCCUCUGCUGCCCUCUUUUUAACUUUUUAUUAAACAAAAUUCUAAACAACUUAUUUUCAGCUUAAA